AUGAAGAACACAACAAAAAUCUUAAUUCUCUGUUUUGUAAUUUCUGUGUCUGUCUCAUCCAAAGCCAACGCCCACGAUGUUUUUCCCAACCACGACGGUAUGCACUCCGACCCUCCGCCGCCGCCGAUGGCUCCGAUGAGCGGCGGCUCCGACGACGACAUGCACUCUCACGGGAUGCCGUCGUCAUCAGGCAUGACGAUGAUGCACAUGACAUUCUUCUGGGGAAAAAACACCCAAGUUUUAUUCUCCGGCUGGCCGGGCAACCAGUCCGGCAUGUAUGCGCUGGCGUUGAUAUUGGUGUUUUUGCUGGCGGUGUCUGUUGAGUGGCUGUCUCGUUGGCGGCUGAUGACCGAGAUGGGGCCGAGAAAUUUCGCCGCUGGGAUCGUGCAGACGGCGGUGCAUGGGGUUAGAAUUGGAAUUGCGUACAUGGUUAUGCUUGCUUUGAUGUCGUUCAACGGCGGCGUUUUUAUCGCUGCCAUCGCCGGUCAUUCAUUUGGGUUUCUGAUUUUUGGGAGCAGAGUCUUGAACAACACGAAAUCAAAGCCGUACGAUCAGGGUACGGCCGAUCUUCCAUCUGGGGUUUGCUGA